AUGGGCAUUGCUCUAUCUUCUUCUUCUUCUUCCCCCAAAACUCGUCCGACUGCAAAGUUAAUACUGGACGAUGGUGCGCUUCGAGAAUAUGAACAUCCAGUGAAGGUAGCUCAAGUUUUAAACGAAAGGGGAAGGGAAGCCGCCUUCAUCUGCCUCUCUGACUCCAUCAAUUUUAACGAGUGUUUAGCCCCUCUUCCUGCACACCACGAAUUGCAGCUGGAUCGCCUCUAUUUUCUCCUUCCACUCACAAAAUUGAAAUACCCUUUACUGCCUUCUGAGAUGGCUGCCAUGGUCUUAAAAGCAGCUGCUGCCUUGCAAUCGAAACAGAACAAGCACAGAAAUAGCAGAAAACGGCGAGGUGCUAAAGUGAUGCAUGUGGUGGAGCCUUCAUAUCAAUUUAAUCAAUUUGCAAUUUUGGCAGUAGAGUCGAAGCGCACAACAUCGACAGGGAUGAAGUUCGACCGCAAGAAGCAUAAGCAGUCAUGGACAACCAAGCUUGCCCCAAUACCCGAGGCCUUCGCUUAUUGA